AGUCGCUCUUGACAAAACCUAUUUGGGUUAUGCCAUUAAUAAUAAAAAGAAUUUCACAUCUAUAGACGCGUCUGGUUUUGCUAUUUAUUUUAUUUGGUGCAGUUUCCUUUAGUUUAAUAUGGAUUCACCUCAUGCAGUUUGUCAAUUCUGCGAAAAGGUUGCAUUUAAAUAUACAUGUCCAAAAUGCAAUGCGCUGUAUUGUUCUAUCACUUGCUAUAAGACUCCAGAACACUUGAAAUGUACAGAAGCAUUUUAUAAAUCCUGUAUACAAGAAGAAUUAUCAUCGGAUAAUCGUAAUGACGUGAAGAAAAUAUAUGAAAUAUUAAAAAGCCUACACGAGACAGACGCUGGAAUAGAGCAUGAUUUUAACGCAGAAAAAACAGAAAGUGAUUUGGAUGAGGAUGAUAUUUCUGAUGAUGGUGAUAACGAUGGCAGUGAUGAUUACGAUGAGGAAGAUCUUGAAGAUAUUGCUACACGUAUGCAAAAUGUUGAUAUAAAUGAUGCGGACGAGGUCUGGGAACAUUUGUCAAUGAGUGAGCGUGCUGAAUUCAAAAAGUUAAUUGAGAACAACAAAAUAAUGGAUUUAGUGCCAGAGCAUAAACCGUGGUGGUCUUUAAAGAAAACAAAAAUAAUGGAGAUGAAUAACACCAAUAAUGAUACUCUUGUACCUGAAACUGAAAAAAAUAUACCAAAAUUUUCAAGUAUUUUUAGUAAAGCGCCAUCACCGUGUUUGCAUUAUAAUUUAUGGAAUAUAUUGUGCUCAUAUGCAGCGAUGGUGCGUCACUUCAAUGGCGAACACUCUACAACCCCAAUUGAAGCUGUUGCACAUUUGGUAAAUUUAAGUUUAACUUUAAAAUUUGGAACGAAUUUUGAGAGUGUUGACAAUGCUCUAACAACUGUAGAAAUUGAAGCGCUUAAUACGAAAGAUGUUGGCCUAGGCAUGUCAGAAAAUUUCGAACCAACUUAUUCGAUGGCAUUAUGCUCUCUAUUAAAACAUGAUGCUGAAUCCUUAAUGUCGUCCUGUCAUAACAAACUAGCAGCACUUAGCGACAUUUACCAUUUAAUAAAGAAGGCCACAAAUCAUUUAAAAAUAAGUGAUUCUAAAAAAGACGGUGAUUUUUUCAAAUUAUUCGCCGUAUGUAACGGAAGUGUUAUGCUGGAUCGAAAAAAAUUAUUACAUUUAACAAAAAAAAUCCAGUUUUUAUUAUCAUACGUUAAUAUUGACAAUGAAGAACUAUUUGAAAAGAACAAUAAAAAAUGAUCUGAAUACUUAUAAAUAUAAA